AUGCCCCGACCCGCUCCCCUCAUUGCGGAUUACGGCGAAGCACAGCGCCUGCUGCCGGACUUCGACCACUACCUCGACCCAAGCCGCGUCACGGUUGCGGGUCUCACCGGCCAGACGCACGUUGCGGCUUUGUGUGUACAGAAGGUCGCAGAGGCCGGGCAGAGGCAGCGGGAGCGAGGCGUCACGGACGGGACAGAGGUGUUUGCGUGGAGCGACCUUUCCCUCGUCUCGACCGGAGCGAACGGCGCCGCCUUGCUCCGUCAGUUCCUGCGUGUGGAGGCUGGGCUUCAUGAUGAGCCAGAGCACUCAGCGCUGAUGGAGGAAGCGUGGCUGCGCGCCAGCUGUCGGCCUUACUGGCAGCCGGUUGCGCUGCGCACCUGCUACGGACGUCCAACGAUACCCAUAUCCAGCGACAUCAACCAGUUGACGGAACAACUCGUUCGUUCUCGCCUCGCCGACGAGUUUCGCCCUCGCUCCGGCGUUCUCGAGCCGAUUGUGCGAGAGAACAGAUUGAGCCCCGCCUUUGUCUUGCCGUCGGUCGACGAGGAGCUAGACGGCAGGCUAGUUUGGUCCGAGCCAUUCAUCGCGCACUUCGUCAGAUUUCCGGGCGACUUCAUGCUUCGCCUGCCGAACAUCGGCCUCGUCGCAGUCGACGUCGCUCUGCCAUCAUCCGGCUUUGACAGAUCAGCCGAUGUCGUCGUUCGUGUCAAGGCACACACUCUCGCUGUCCUCAUGGCGUAUGAGGUCGAGGAGAUUUGGCGGGCGUUCGACACAGCCUUGCCAGCCAACGUCCGCGUGCGCUUCGCCUACACCUGCUUCAACAUGCUCAACCUCUUUCUCCUCUACGAUCUCUACAAGUCCAACCCAAACGAAUCGGUAUGCAGCCUGCACAACUUCGCCACCUAUGCGCAGCAUGCAGCCACAUCGUGGUUGGGCGCCGACGGGUAUCGUCGGAUGUACGACUGGAUCAUGCAGCACUUCGCGCCACGACAGUCUGGAUCUCGUUUCGGUCGUGAGCCUUUGGCGGAGACGGUCGUCAACCGGUGGACAACGUACAAGACUUUCCCGUCUCUCUCCAACGAGCGCCUGUCGGCAGCACACCGGGAGUCGCAUCGCCAAGAAGCUGCUGCUCUCCUGCGCGAUGUCUUUGCCCUUGUUCACACCCUGAUUGCCCGUCACCCGCCUGCCAACUCGACGUCCGCCCACCCGCACCGUCCCCAUCCUGCCUUUAUUCCUGGUGACCGUAAUGCCUAG